CUGUCCGUGUUUACAGUUCUAGCAUGCUGGCUCGGGCUCUACAGCUGAUUCAUUCAAAUACUCUAUAAUUGUGUCGUAGGUGCGAGGUUACUGUAGCCUCGCAGGCAAUGUUGGGCAGCCAGGGAAUUCAACCUGUCACGCUAGUCUUCAAUAAUUCCAAAAACUGCUUUCUUCACCUGUCAUCAAACUUUGCGUCUCAGUUGUGUCUUAAUGAGAACCAGAUCGUGGAGCUGUCUUGGGGUGUUUCUGCACCCGUGUUCGUCAGCUGGAUCAGGUCCAGACAGUCUUCAGGUCCAGAAGAUAGAGCUGAGGUCAGCAGGCAGCUGGCAGAGAAACUUGGAAUCAAAGAUGGAGAGCAGGGGUUCUUGCGGCCAUGUCAUCAGGUGCAGUCAGUGCAGCAGGUGUUUGUAGAGCCUCUGUCUACAGAUGACUGGGACAUCCUGGAGCUUCACAGCAUGGCACUGGAACAGCGACUUUUGGACCAGAUCCGAGUUGUCUUUAGUGGGGGUGUGUUUCCUGUGUGGGUGGACCAACAUACUGUCAUCUUUAUCAGGAUAGCAUCCCUCUCUCCAUCUGUCUCAUAUGGUCGACUGGAGCAGUUCACAGAGCUUGUUAUCUCCCCAAAACUACAUCCUGGAGGUGAACAACUACUCCAAACUCCUCCAGUAGAGCCAAGCCAAUGUUUACAAAAACAACAGAAAGUUGAUCUCAUGCUGCCCUCCAUCUCCAAAGCUUCCAUAGCCUCAAACGUCCAUCAUGAGAACCUCAGUAAUAAUCAGGACAUUUGCCAAAAUCAGAAUGAAGGCCAAUGGGGAGGUAUAGCUGAUCUGAAAACCCUGGUUAGAUACCUGUUUACAAGAAGAACUGAGCCUGCAAAGGAAAACAUUGCAGUUCCUGCCAUUCCCAUCAUCCUGAAAGACUGUAUCCUCCGAACAUGUGGAGGCCCUCCUAGGUCUGUCAGCCAUCUUGGACCAUGCCAUGGAGAUGUGCAUAUACUGCCAUGGGACCUGCAAGAACAUGACAAUUGGAGUCCAGGGCAAUCAGCCCUGACAUAUGGGAGACUUUCAAAGAUUCUUUCUCCUAAAGAAGUCAAACAGAGAGUCAAGGAGGCCAUGGAGAAAAAGAAAGUCAGAGAUGGACCUCACAAAGAGAAAGACGCAGAGGAAUGCAAGAAGAACGCUGUUGUGGUUAGGAUGCUUUGUCAUAAUGUAGAGAAGCUGCAGGAAGCACAGAGAUUCAAUAGAAGUGAAGAUAUUUACUCAGGGAAGGUUUGGAUCCCAAAAGUGUUGCAGAAGCAAUUGAGUAUAGACCCUCACUCGGCUGUGAGAAUUCAGCCUUUGAAAUCAAUGCCCAGGGUAGCAGAAGCAGUCAUGCUUCAACCAUUACAACCAAUGGCAGAGAGUGAGAGAGAGGAUGAGGUUCAAGCUGCGUUUCUAGAUUGGGUUCAUGCUCAGAGCCAUCAGCCGUUAACCUGUCUGACUGCACGCUCCAAUGUCAUUCACUUACCCUGUGCUGAAGGAAAGUCAGAGUUUGCAUUGAGUGUGUUGAAACCAGAGCAACAGAAAGAAGAUGAAAUGUUCUUUCUAUCAGCCAGUUUACUAAAAAAAACAGAUGUGCAGGUGCUCAGGGAGCCACAAAAUUCGGACCACAUGGGCUCUGCAAACUCAGAUUAUGACCCCUGUCUUGGCUUUCCUUCCCUCAGCUCUCUUGGUGGGAUAGAGGACAUCAGCAGGUCUGCUUUUCAACACAUCUCUCAUGCUCUAAUGGAAGGUCCUCUCUCUCAUGACCUGGUCUCUACAGGACGUGGACUCAUUGGUGGAGCUCUCCUCAUCACAGGAGCCAAGGGCAGUGGGAAGACGUCACUCUCCAGAGCACUGUGUCGAAAGGCCAGUGAAGAGCUGGAUGCCCACGUUCAAGUGAUAGACUGUAAGACACUGAGAGGCAAGCGAGCUGACACAAUCAGGCAAAGGCUAGAGGAGGUUUUUGAGCAGGCAGUUUGGAGACAGCCCUCAGUGGUCCUUCUGGAUGAUCUGGAUCACGUGACGGGUGCUGCAACCUCACCUGAGCAUGAGCACGGACCGGAGGCAAUACUGCGGCAACACAUUGCACAGAGUCUGAGGGAUUUGGUGGAUGAGAUGGUGGUACGUUCCAGUUUUAUUGCUCUGGUGGUCACAGCACACAGUGAACAUGCCCUACAUCAGACCCUGACUGAGGUGCAAGGCUCACACUUUUUCCAAAGCUUCAGCAAGAUCCAAACACCCGAUCAGACUCAAAGGGUUGAGAUUCUGAGGUCCCUGAUACACAAAAGGAAUCUUCGGGAUUGUCAAACUACUCUUGAUCUGGACAGUGUUGCCAAGGAAACAGAAGGAUACAUGCCACAAGACCUGAAUCUGCUGCUUGAGAGAGCUGUCCAUGCCAACACCGUAUGCAGCAGAAGCAAUGGCAGCUCUGAAGAUUUGAGCUAUAAGGACUUCAAACAGGCUCUUCAGGACUUCACCCCACCUUCGCUUUGGGGGGCUCAGUUGCAGGCCCCAAGCGGGGUGGGCAUGGAGAGAAUUGGGGGGCUUCACCAGGCACGUCAGCUUCUGAUGGACAUCAUACUGCUGCCAACUAUGUACCCCCUACUUUUCUCCAGUUUGCCGAUGCGUCAGUGCUCUGGUGUGCUGCUCUAUGGAGCUCCCGGCACAGGCAAGACUCUACUUGCUGGAGCUGUCGCCAAGGAGAGCGGCAUGAACUUUAUUAGCAUCAAGGGUCCUGAGCUCCUCAGCAAGUAUAUUGGUGCCAGUGAGCAGGCAGUUAGAGAUGUGUUUCAGAGGGCUCAAGCAGCUAAGCCUUGCAUUCUGUUCUUUGAUGAGUUUGACUCAUUGGCCCCUCGAAGAGGUCACGACAACACAGGAGUCACUGACCGUGUGGUUAACCAGCUGCUCACACAGCUGGAUGGAGUAGAGGGACUGACAGGGGUGUAUGUGUUGGCUGCCACCAGCCGUCCCGACCUAAUAGACCCUGCUCUUUUGAGACCUGGGCGACUGGACAAGUCUCUCUACUGCCCUCCUCCUGAUCAGGAGGCACGUCUGGAGAUCCUGAGGACUCUGACUUGCUCUGUGCCACUGGCUGCAGAUGUGGACUUGGAGCAGAUUGCUGUAGCAACAGAGAUGUUCACUGGAGCCGACCUGAAGGCCCUUCUCUAUAACGCCCAGCUCGAGGCAAUACAUAGCACCCUAGGGCCCAACCUUCUGCAUGAUCUGGGCUCAGGGUCAGACAGUGAUGUCAGCCUCUCCUCCCUGAUCUUCCUGAACCACAGCAGCGGGUCAGAUGAUUCUGCUGGAGAGGGGGAUGCAGGGCUGGAAAACUCAUUGGUUCUGCUGGACCCCAGUGAGUUCCCACCUGAGGACCCACGUCACAACAUCUGGCGCCUUUACUUCGGGAGCUCCUUUGAGUCCGAACUAGACAACCAUUCACUAUCUGAACUGAAUUCUCAGUGCCUGUCUGGACCCAACUCUACUGCUCCUGAUCUGACAGGGGCAUCGGUGAGGGACUCAAGCUCUUGUCAUGCACCUGUCCUCAUGUCCUGUCUGCAGGAGGGCUUUCAGGAACUGACCCAUGAGCAGUCAGAACGCCUCCGAGCAGAGGUCAAUGCUAUAAAGAAUAGCUACCGCAAAAACAUGGAUGACUCUUCUCUGGUGCAGACAGGUCCCAGUAAGUCUGGUUCUCUCAUAUGUCAAGCUCACCUGACUGCAGCUCUGGCUAACACUAGAGCAUCUGUCAGUAGAGAAGACUGGAGGAGAUGCACUGAACUAUAUGAGUCUUUCGGAGCCUCAAGGGAAGCAAGGUUUCAGAGCACUGCUACAUUGAAAGCAGGUCAGCGGGUGACCUUGGCUUAAUGAGAGCCUCACAUACAUUUAUACAGCUCAGGGCAUUAGACAGUGAAUGUUGCUGGCUAGAGGAUAGUCUGUGUGUGAUUGGUGUAAAAAAAUAAAUUUGUAUCACACAUUACUUUCGUUUUUGCCUUAAGUGCAAAUGCAGAAUUAUGAUUAACUCAUUGUGUGCUAUAAAAUAUUUCAGUUUUAAUCAUGUAAGCUGAGGGAUGAAACAACUUUAUUUUAAUUCAGUAACACUGAAGUAAUUUAAAGAUACAAAUAUCUAAUUUUCUAAUUUUUUGUUUUUUUCAUUUGCGAAGCUGUUCUAGGAAAUGUACAAAAGAACAAAUGUUUAUGUGGGAAAUGUGUAAUUAAUUAACUAUUUAAUUAAUGAAAAUUUUCUAGGAAUUCUGAUGUUUAUGUAAAAUUUCUACAUUACAGACAAAUCUUGGGUUUUCAGAUGUGGUUUUGGCUGGGGUAGAUCAAGAAGUGCAGGUUCAGGUUGGCUAAUGCUAUAAUGCCAAUAUACAGUUAAAUGACAGCAAAAUAAAUGUUAUUGAAUUACAUGAACACCAUUUACUCAAAUUUCACCAAAAUAAAAACUAAAAGAAAUGAGGGUGGGAACACUUCCGUUAAUUGGUCUAUGAGGACAUCACAUAUGUUCAAAGUAAAUGCCAUGAAAGAGCACAUAAUGUACUGUACAGUGUUAUUGGUGUUUUUAUUUUUUUCAAAUAGGUUUCUUCAAAUCUUACCAUCAUUUUGAUAUGCAUAAAAGUAUCACGAAUGCUGCUAAAUCUGUAUUCAAAGACAUAUUUUUCCUUCUCUUUUGAAGAAUAGUCUUCUAUUUGUUUAAUCAACCUUGAAGGCUUCUGAUUUAUUCUGUGGGUAACUGACAUCUGCAAAUCUCCAGGAUCUGAGUUCUCUUUAGAUUGAUUUUUCAAACCAUACAUUUUCAUAGUCUUCAGACCUGCUUGGACAUGCCCUGGCCUGAAGCUACAGCUCUCUCUGCAUCUUUGAUUAUCAUUAACUUUCAUAGCACAUUCACAGUUCUGCUCUCUUGUGAGCUGGAUUCCCCUCUCACACAUCUUUGUGCUGAAAUCAGAGUUACCGCAAGCUGUACUACAGCCCACAAUGAGCCUAUUGUAUACAACCUGAUGCAGCAAUUUUUGCUGUUAAAUAUAGCAAGUGUUUGUUCUGGCCCUUGUUCUGAGGAACACAGCAGAGCUGGAAGUCUAUUUGACCAUAUCUCAGCCAAAAAAAUUCAAACAGUCUACAAUAGACUUGGUACCAUCACUGUGAGAAUGCUCCAUCUAGAUGAGAGAAACAAAAUUGCACUCAGUCAGCAGGACACAUCAGUUCAGCCUGUGUAGAACCAGGCUCUCUUUCUACACUCAGGGCAGUAUCAGUGUAUAAAUCUGUACUUAUAUGCAUGUUAAAAGCAUGGGGGUUUUUAACAUUUGGUGACACAGGGUCAGGGACCACCCCAGUCUGACUCAGAGCCAAGUAAUUUCUUGUUACACUUUAAGAUAACUUUCAUAAAAAGUAUUAAAUAGCAUUAUUACAUUAACAGAUCUUUUGUUAAUUGUCAAAGGGAUAGUUCACCCAAAAAUGAAAAUGAUCUCAUGUUGACCCUCAUGCCAUCCCAGAUGUGUAUGACUUUCUUCUGCAGAACACAAAGAUUUUCAGAAGUAUAUCUCAGCUCUGUAUGUAAUACUACAAAAACUGCAAAAAGUAUGCAGUUGGUAUCUUUAUUGAUCUAAAAAAAGCCUUCGAUACUAUUAAUCACUCAAUCCUAUUAAAUAAGAUGGAAAGAUAUGGAGUUAGGGGGCUGGCUGGAGAUUGGUUAAAAAGUUAUUUAACAGGGAGGUUACAGUUUGUAAAAAUUGGUCAGUAUUUAUCAGAUACUCUUGGCAUUGUUUGUGGUGUCCCCCAGGGGUCAGUAUUAGGGCCAAAACUGUUUAAUGUGUAUAUAAAUGAUAUUUUUAAUAUAUCCAAAAUACUGAAACUUAUACUAUUUGCAGAUGACACGAAUAUAUUCUACAGUAGUGCUGAUUAUAAUGAGCUUGUAAAUAUGGUAAACAGGGAACUAAAUAUAAUAAAAAAGUGGAUGGAUACAAAUAAAUUAUCCUUGAAUAUAAAUAAAACUAAGAUAAUGAUGUUCGGUAAUCGCAACAAAAUGUCUAAACAGAGAAUAAGUAUUGAUGGUACCCAAAUUGAAACUGUGAGUGAGAAUACAUUUUUGGGAGUAAAAUUGACAGUAAAUUGUCAUGGAAACCCCAUGUCAGACACAUAAAAUCAAAAAUCUCCAAAAGCCUCUCAAUUAUAAACAAAGCAAAACUAUACCUUGAUGAGAAUGCACUCCGUACUUUAUACUGCACCCUGGUACUACCAUACCUUAUGUUUUGUGUUGAAGUGUGGGGAAAUAAUUACCGGAACACAAUAAAUCCUCUGAUCAUAUUACAGAAAAGAGCUGUGAGGAUCAUUCAUAAGGUUGGUUUUCUAGAGCAUACUCAUAAUCUAUUUACACAGUCAAAGUUGUUAAAAUUUGAUGAUCUUGUAAAAUACAAUACAUCAAUGGUCCUAUAUAAAGCAUUUAACAACUUAUUACCGCCUAACUUACAACGUUUUUUUCAAAUUCCAGUGCGAGCUCAUAACUUGAGAGGUUUUGGAUAUUUUUCAUUACAAAGAGCCCAAACCACUCGUAAACAUUAUUGUGUGUCUGUAUGCGGAGUGAAACUCUGGAACAAACUGGACUUGCAACAAAAGCAAUGUAAAACUAUUCAUCAAUUUAAACUGAUAUAUAAACAUCGGGUCUGGUUAAGAUACAGAGAUGAGGAUCUUUAAUUUACAUUGCUGUUGUACUCUGUCUUAUAGUGUUAACGUGUGCUCAAUAUUUCCUAACCAUCGUUGGUAUAUUGUCCAUUAAUAUCGUCGGUAUAUUGUCCAUUACCAUUGUUGGUAUUGUUUCUUCUUCUUAAUUGUUGGUACGGUUGUUAUAAUAAAUACUUGUUACUUGUGGUAACGCCACCAUGAUACAACAUUUGUAAACGAUACGUGAGCAAAGUAAAAUGAAGCUCAAUGUACUAAUUAUUAAAUGCAUGGGGAACUGGGGUGGGAUUAAAUAAGUUGUCUUCUUCCCACUCCCUUUCAGGCAGAUUUCGAUCGUCAUAGUUUAAUACUGCAUGUUUGUUUUAUCCUGUAUGACUUAACAAUAUUUGUUGCCUUGUACUUCUGUGCCAUUGCCUGAAAUAAAUGA